CGGAUCCUGUUUCCUCCAGCAACCCGAGUUGCCUACACUUUUAAGCAAGCAGUAAACUUUGUCCUUUUAGAGCGUUUCACAUCAUCAGAGGCGCGCUCUCGCUCUCUCUCUCUCGCUCUCUCUCUCAAGAUGUCUGAAGUGUGUGUGUGGUGAAAGGAGUAAAGCAGGGAGACAUGACUUCAGGCAGGAACAGGAGAUCUCUUAAGAAAAUGUUUCCUCAGUCGGGCAAAUCCAUCGUCUUUGACAGCUUUCCCGAUCCUUCUGACACCUGGGAAAUCACCAAGACGAUCGGAAAAGGAACCUACGGCAAAGUGUACAAAGUGCUGAAUAAGAUCAACGGCAGCGAGGCGGCUGUCAAAGUUCUGGAUCCCGUUCACGAUAUCGAUGAGGAGAUCGAGGCAGAGUACAACAUCCUGAAAGCGCUCUCCGAUCACCCCAACGUGGUGAAGUUCUUUGGCAUGUUCUACAAGAUAGAUCCUAAAACCGGAGACCAGCUGUGGUUAGUGCUGGAGCUGUGUAAUGGAGGCUCAGUUACUGAUCUGGCCAAGGGAAUGCUGAAAAGAGGAGAGCGGAUGGAUGAAGCCAUCAUCGCGUACAUCUUACACGGGGCACUCAUGGGCCUGCAUCAUUUACACGAGAAUAAAACCAUCCAUCGAGAUAUAAAAGGGAACAACAUCCUUCUGACCACUCAGGGGGGGAUCAAGCUGGUUGACUUUGGUGUAUCCGCUCAGCUAACCAACACCCGUCUCCGGAGGAACACCUCCGUCGGAACGCCGUUCUGGAUGGCCCCUGAGGUCAUAGCAUGUGAGCAGCAGUUGGAUUCGACAUAUGAUGCUCGUUGUGAUGUCUGGUCUCUCGGUAUCACCGCCGUCGAGCUGGGAGAUGGAGACCCACCCCUGGCGGACCUCCACCCCAUGAGGGCUCUCUUCAAAAUCCCAAGAAAUCCUCCACCGAGUCUGCAGCAACCAGAGAUCUGGUCCGAUCAAUUUAACGAUUUCAUAUGCAAGUGUCUGAUUAAAGACUUUGAGCUCCGGCCAAAUGUUCAGGAUCUCCUCCAGCAUGCCUUCAUCAAACAGAUCACAGGCCAGGAAGAAACUCUACAGAAACAGUUGACGGAGCUCAUCGAACUCAACCACCAGAUUGGAGUUAUUGAGAAAAUCAGACACGAAAGAAUUCACACUAAAAAAGACGACAACAUGAAGUCUCAGAGCGAUGAACCUGAUGACAUGGAGGAUCUGGCAACCCUGGAAGUUCUCGAUGAAAACACAGUGACGGAACAUCUGCAGAAGCGCUACAGUAAUGAGCAGAUCUACACAUAUGUGGGAGACAUCCUUAUCGCCAUCAACCCCUUCCACAAGAUCGAUCUGUACACUCCUGAGCACUCAAAGAUGUACAUCGGGACCAAGCGCACGGUAAAUCCUCCUCACAUAUUCGCCGUUGCCGACGUCGCGUACCAGUCCAUGGUGUCCUACAACACUGAUCAGUGUAUUGUGAUCAGUGGAGAAAGUGGUGCGGGGAAGACAGAAAGCGCUCACCUCCUGGUCCAGCAGCUCACCCUCCUUGGCAAGGCAAACAACCGGACUCUCCAAGAGAAGAUCCUGCUCGUGAACAACCUCGUAGAAGCGUUCGGAAACGCCUGCACGGCCAUCAACGACAACUCCAGCCGCUUUGGGAAAUAUCUGGAGAUGAAGUUCACGUGUGAAGGAACGGUGGUGGGAGCGCAGAUCUACGAAUACCUGCUGGAGAAAUCCCGUGUCAUUCACCAGGCUGCCGGAGAGCGUAAUUUCCACAUUUUCUACUACAUCUACGCUGGCCUGGCGGAGAGAAAGAAGCUCGCUCACUACAAGCUUUCUGACAGUAAAACCCCAAAGUACUUUCAGAACGAAAACGUCAAGCUCGUGCCGGACAUCGUGGGCAACGCCUCCUACAAGGAGCAUUUUGAAGCGGUGGAGCAGUGUUUUAAAGUGAUCGGGUUCACCCUCGAGGAACUAGGAAGUGUGUACAGCAUUGUUGCGGCCAUCUUAAUCACCGGAGAUAUCGAGUUUGCUUCAGUGGCUACGGAGCAUCAAACCGACAAGAGCACCAUUGCUAACGUGGCUGUGUUAGAGAGCGCCGCGUCUUUGCUGUGUAUCCGUUCAGAUGAGCUGAAGGAGGCUCUCACUUCACACUGUGUGGUGGCUCGGGGUGAGACCAUCGUCCGGCCCAACACGGUGGAGAAAGCCACGGAGGUGCGGGACGCCAUGAGCAAAGCGCUGUACGGACGCCUCUUCAGCUGGAUCGUCAACCGCAUCAACUCCCUGCUGAGACACGAUAACCAGAACGGAGAGGAAGACAAGGAACAAAACAUCGGCAUCCUGGACAUCUUCGGCUUUGAGAACUUCAAGCGCAACUCUUUCGAGCAGCUCUGCAUCAACAUCGCCAACGAGCAGAUCCAGUUCUACUUCAACCAGCACAUAUUCGCCUGGGAGCAGGACGAGUACCUGAACGAGGACGUGGACGUGCGAGUGAUUGAGUAUGAGGACAACCGGCCCCUGCUGGACCUUUUCCUGCAGAAGCCCAUGGGUAUGCUGUCACUGCUGGAUGAGGAGAGCAGGUUCCCCCAGGCCACCGAUCAGACCCUCGUCGAAAAAUUUGAGGACAACUUGAAAUCGAAAAACUUCUGGAGGCCAAUGAGGGUUGAUCUUGGCUUUGGCAUCAACCACUAUGCUGGAAAGGUGAUCUAUACUGCCUCUGGGUUUUUGGCUAAGAACCGGGACGCUCUUCCUGCCGACAUCAUCCUGCUGCUGAGGUCUUCAGAGAACGAGCUGAUUAGCAAACUAGUCACUAAUCCGCUCACUAAAACAGGUAAUCUAGCUCACACCAAGGGAAAGGGGACAGGGUCGGGGCGACUCAGUUCACGUCAGCGCUCUCCUCAGCGCUCUGUAAACAUCGUCAAGGGAGAGAACGGCGCGGAAAGCAUACAUCACCCUCGAGAGACCACCAACAUGAGGACUCAAACCGUGGCUUCUUAUUUCAGAUAUUCACUGAUGGACCUGCUUUCGAAGAUGGUGGCCGGACAGCCGCACUUUGUCCGCUGUAUCAAACCCAAUAACGACCGCCAGGCUCACAAGUUCGACAGGGAGAAAGUGCUGAUUCAGCUGCGCUACACGGGCAUCCUGGAGACGGCUAAGAUCCGCAGACAGGGCUACUCUCACCGCAUCGUCUUUGCUAACUUCAUCCAGAGAUACUACAUGCUGGGUUUCCGUGUGAACGAAGAGCCGGCUGUCACUCCUGAGGCGUGUGCAGCUAUUCUGGAGAAAACCAAGAUGGAAAACUGGGCUCUGGGCAAAACAAAGGUCUUUCUGAAGUAUUAUCACGUGGAACAAUUGAACCUGAUGAUCAAGAGAACCACGGACCGGAUCGUGCUGGUGCAGGCGUGCGUACGGUGUUGGCUGGCAGUCCAAAACUACCGAAAAACCUUGGGGAAGAGAACUCAGAGUGCUGUAGUCCUGCAGUCAGCAUACAGAGGACACAAGGUAAGAAGACAAAUGGUUGAUGAUAAAGCUAAACCCAAAGAGGACACUACCAUUGUUGAAUUUCAAGCAUUAUGCCGUGGAUAUCUGGCGAGGAAGAAAUACAAGGAGUUAGUGGAUGAGAAGAACAAAGCUGCUACAAAGAUCCAGGCACACUUUAAAGGGCACAAACAGAGGAAGAGCUUCCAAAGGAGAAAAGAAGCCAUGCAAAAGGAGAACGGACAGAAUACAGAAGAGGUCAAAGAUGAUGCGCCGGUUGAGGAGGAUAAGUUGGCUGCAGAUUCAGCUCAGGAGGAUGGAGCAAAAGAGCCUGAGAAUGGCGAAGAAAAGACCGCUCCAUCUGAAGAUGAACCUGAAGCUGCUUCACCAGGAUCUGGAGAAGAGCAGGAGACCAAAGCAGCGACGGUUAUCCAGAGCAACUUCCGAGGAUUCAAAGAACGCAAGAAGCUCCAAGAGGAAGGGAAGCUCCCAACAAAGGGGAAGAAGGACACAGACUCACAAACUCAAGAAAACGACUCACUUCCCGAUCCAUCUGAAGAAGAGAAGCCAGCGGAGGCAGGACAGGAACAGGAACCAACCGAAGCUACACCUGAUGUACCUGAUGUACCGGAUGGAGAGGAAGAGAGGACGGAAGCGGUCCAGGAUGCUGAGUCAAAACAAAACGACGAAGAGCAAGCACAGACAGAUGUGAACAGUUUAGAAAGUUUGACCAAACAUAUAAGCAGCGUCUCGGAGGACUUCCUGAUGCUGCAGCAGAAGCUGAAUCAGAUCAUAAUGGCUCAUCAGAUCAACCCAAGCAGCAACGGCAUGUUCACAAGGGGACAGGUCAUGAACAGUUCUCUCGGGACUGAUCAACAGCCCUCGGCCGGUACACAGCAGACACGGAUGUCUCGCCGAAGCACCAAACCAAAGACUCUGAGCACUCCUGAAGACUCGACGUACUACAGCCUCAUCCACCGGUCCGUCCAGGAGAGGGCGAGGAAGCAGAGCACUAAGAAGCUGUUGGAUGCCGAUGAUCAGUAUUACCAGAGUCUGAACAGCAAUACAUCCACAGGCGAGACGUCCGGAGACACAGAGAUACCAGAGUCCCAGACCCCCACGUCUAACACGCCCAAAUCUUCAAACCAGGACCGGAACUCUCUUCUCAGAAUGCUCUCUAUGGAAAACGAGGACAAUCCUCACGACUACAGGAAGCUGCUGAGGAAGACCUCUCAGAGAGGAAGGCUAAUCGAGCAAAGCUAGACUCUGUGUUCUGGGCUGAUAGGGAUCUAGGAAUACUUCCGAAAAUGAAGAGCAUGGCUAACAAGAAAUGAACCCUAAUGGAAAUGCACUAGCAUGAACUUGCACUAGCGUUUAUACGUUAACAGGUUAUUAGCAACCUGCUUUAAUUAGCAUCUCAGGAUAACAAUUCAUGUACAUAACUAAAUAAGACAGUUUACAAUAUAAGAAAUUGACUGACUGGCUGUUAAGUCAUCCUGCACUAUGUGUGUGUGCACUUUACCGUUGUCUCUUAUGCUUUGUGUACUUGAAUGUUUUUUUCACGUUUCUCGUGAUUCCCUUGGAAUAUCCUUGCACAGCUCUGGUGCCAAUA